GUCCUCAAGGGUUUCCCCGACUGCCUGCAAGCCGACAUCUGCCUCCACCUCAACCGGACGCUGCUGCAGAACUGCCGUCCCUUCCGGGGCGCCAGGAAAGGUUGCUUGCGGGCCUUGGCCAUGAAGUUCAAGACCACCCACGCCCCGCCGGGCGACACCCUGGUCCACGCCGGCGACGUGCUGACCGCCCUCUACUUCAUCUCCCGCGGCUCCAUCGAGAUCCUCCGGGGAGACGUGGUGGUGGCCAUUUUAGGGAAGAACGACAUCUUCGGCGAGCCGCUCAACCUGUACGCCCGUCCCGGCAAGUCCAACGCGGACGUGCGAGCCCUCACCUACUGCGACCUGCACAAGAUCCACCGGGAGGAUCUUUUGGAGGUGCUGGAAAUGUACCCAGAGUUCUCCGACCAUUUCUGGUCUAACUUGGAGAUCACCUUCAACCUGAGAGACACCAACAUGAUCCCGGGCUCGCCGGACAGCGACGAGACCGACAAGGGCUUCAACCGGCUGCGACGGCGCAAGCUCUCUUUCCGGCGACGCACCGAGAAAGGAUCGGCUGCGG